CCUAAAGAUGAGCAUGAAGCUCAGGUGCAGUUUGCCCUCGAGAGAGGAAUCCCUGCUAUAUCAGCGGUUAUGGGUACCAAAAGGCUCCCAUUUCCUGGCGGGGUCUUUGAUGCUGUACACUGCGCGCGCUGUAGGGUACCAUGGCAUAUUGAAGGCGGUAAGCUCUUGCUAGAAUUGAACAGACUGUUACGGCCUGGUGGUUACUUUGUGUGGUCUGCUACUCCUGUAUACCAGAAACUGCCAGAAGAUGUCGAGAUAUGGGAAGCGAUGUCUGCUCUAACAAGGUCAAUGUGCUGGAAUGUGGUCAAUAAAGUGAAGGACAGGAUAAAUCGAGUGGGAGUAGCGAUUUUCCAAAAACCAAUGGACAACCGAUGCUAUGAUGGAAGAUCUGCUGCAAACCCUCCACUGUGUGGAGAGUUUGAUAAUCCUGAUGCUGCCUGGAAUGUUUCAUUGCAGUCUUGUAUGCAUAAAUUGCCCAGAGACCCCACCAUGCGUGGUUUACGGUGGCCAGAGGAAUGGCCAUUGAGGGUGGAAAAACCUCCUUACUGGCUGAAAAGCUCUGAGACUGGAGUGUAUGGAAAGCCUGCUCCUGAAGAUUUUCAAGCGGACUACGAGCACUGGAAGCGGGUGAUAAGCAAUUCGUAUAUGGAAGGCCUGGGUAUUGACUGGUCUGCUGUCAGAAACGUUAUGGACAUGAAAGCUGUAUACGGAGGGUUUGCAGCAGCUUUACGAAAUAUGAAGGUGUGGGUCAUGAAUGUAGUUCCAAUUGAUUCGCCCGACACACUCCCAAUCAUAUACGAGCGCGGGCUGUUUGGACUCUACCAUGACUGGUGCGAGUCGUUUAGCACCUACCCGAGAAGCUAUGAUCUUGUCCACGCUAACCAUCUCUUCUCCAAGAUUAAGAAGAGGUGCGAACUGUUGGGUGUGAUUGUGGAGGUGGACCGGAUCGUGAGGCCGGAAGGGAGGCUGAUCGUCAGGGACGAUAUGGAGACGAUACGCGAGGUGGAGUCGAUCGUCAAGUCGCUGCACUGGGAGGUCCGGCUGUCGUACUCCCAGGACAAUGAAGGCCUUCUGUUUGUGCAGAAGACCAUGUGGCGACCAAAUACUUCUUCGAGUUGAUCGAAGCUGAAAAAAGGGGGGAUAUGGAUGAACCAUGCAUCCAUUGGUAUAGACAUUGUGUUUGUGUAGAGGGAUGAGUGUAGCAUAGCAUAUUGAGAUGAUAUUGUUACCGCCGAUUUUGUUCUUAUGUUAGCGGAGCGGGCAAGGGCAAUGAAUGUGAUGUAUGUAUGUAAUGCAUGAUUAUUGUUCGUGUUGUUACGGGCGAGUAGGCUCAGCAAAGAUUGAGCCUAACAUACAUAGCUGAUAAUAAGAUGCACAAAUUCGUCGA